AUGUCCGAGAAACAACCCCCUACCAUUGUCGAGGGCGCCACGACUGGCGACGUUGAGGACGAAAUCCCCGCCAACCAGGCCAAGUCCGCCGAAGACCGCAAGGCCGCUUCGGCUCUCGCCUCCCUCGAGGGUGGUGAUGACGCGCGAGGGAACGAUGUAGACGCAGAGGCUGCCAAGAAAGCUAUUGGUAGCCUCGGCGGCGAUCAGAAGAAGACCGGCGAGCCCGUUAAGAACGUCAAGGUCGAGGCUGCCGAUGUGGCGUUGCUGGUUGAGGAGCUCGAGGUCACGAAGCCUAGGGCGACGGAGCUGCUGAAGGCGAACGAGGGGGACGCCGUCAAGGCUAUGCGUGCGUUUGUCAGCGUUUGA